UAGGUUGCGCGGGAGGCUGAGAGGGGGCAGCGGGCGAUGGCGGCGGCGGGUCGGCUGGGCUGGGUGCUGGCCGCGCUCUGCCUGGGGAACGCCGCGGGGGAGGCGGCGCCGGGCCCGCGAGUGCUGGGCUUGUGCCUGGAGGAAGACGGAGCAGAGGGCGCGGGGUGGGCCGCGCCGGAGACCACUUUGUGCCUGCGCCUCUUGGGCUCGGGCUUCGCUAACAGCUCCUGGACUUGGGUGGCCCCCGAGGGCGCUGGAUGCCCCAAGGGCGGGCGGGCCGCGACGCCCGCGGGCGAGUGGCGCGCGCUGCUGUGCUUAGAGCCGGGAGGGGCGGUGGCCGAGGAGGAGGCUGGAGCUGGCGCGCGGCGGCGGCGACCCCUACGGCGACCUGAGCAAGGGCGUGCUGCGCUACCGCACCGUGGAGGACGUGCUCACGCCGCUCGAGGACUGCUUCAUGCUGGACGCCAGCGCCGUGCUGGACUUCGGGGUGCUGGCCAGCAUCAUGCAGAGCGGCUACACGCGCAUCCCUGUGUACGAGGAGGAGCGCUCCAACAUCGUGGACAUGCUCUACCUCAAAGACUUGGCCUUCGUGGACCCCGAGGACUGCACGCCGCUCAGCACCAUCACCCGCUUCUACAAUCACCCACUCCACUUCGUCUUCAACGACACCAAGCUGGACGCCGUUCUGGAGGAGUUCAAGCGAGGGAAGUCGCACCUGGCCAUUGUGCAGAAGGUGAACAACGAGGGCGAGGGUGACCCCUUCUAUGAGGUGCUGGGCCUGGUCACCCUGGAGGACGUCAUCGAGGAGAUCAUCAAGUCCGAGAUCAUGGACGAGUCUGAAGACUACCGAGAUGCCACAAUGAGGAAGAAAGCCGCGUCCCUGACUGUCCCUCCUAAGCACAAGGAGGAGUUCUCCCUGUUCAAGGUGUCUGACGAGGAGUACAAAGUAAAAAUCUCACCCCAGCUGCUCCUGGCCACCCAGCGCUUCCUGUCCCGAGAGGUGGACGUGUUCAGCCCUGUGCGCGUCUCCGAGAAGGUCCUGCUGCACCUGCUGAAGCACCCGAGCGUCAACCAGGAGGUGAAGUUUGACGAGAGCAACCGCCUGGCUGCACACCACUACCUGUACCAGCGCAGCCAGCCGGUGGACUACUUCAUCCUCAUCUUGCAGGGCAGGGUUGAGGUGGAGAUUGGGAAGGAGGGCCUGAAGUUCGAGAACGGGGCCUUCACCUACUACGGCGUGUCCGCCCUGAUGGCACCGUCCUCAGUUCCACAGUCCCCGGCAUCCUCACGCCAGCCUGCUCGCCAUGACCUGCCAACAGAGCCUGCUGAUGGCACCCGCUCCUCCACUUACUGUCCGGACUACACCGUGAGGGCCCUCUCAGACCUGCAGCUGGUGAAGGUCACGCGGCUGCAGUACCUCAAUGCACUCCUGGCUUCCCGGGCCCAGAGCCUGCCACCAUCCCCUGAGAAUGCUGACUUCCAGGUCGUUCCAGGCAGCCAGACCAGGCUGCUUGGUGACAAGACAGCUGCGGCAGCAGGGUCCCACCCCAGCAGGCCCAGUGUCCCGGUGGAGGACAGCCCUGGGCGGAACCCCGGGCUUUAACCGCUUGCUGGGCGCCCAAGCUGGAACGGACAAGCACACAGGGAGCUGAGGGGGCCAAGCAGGAGCUUCGCGCCGCCCUGUCCCCGUCCCUCUGGGCCGUGUUUUAGAUGGCCCGUGCAGACAGGGGGCCUGGGCCUCCUCAGUGCCAGGAACCUCUCGGGAGCUGUCGGAGAGGGGUCGCCAAGCCCAGCCCUCCGGACCGUUCCGGAAGGAGCGACAGGAACAGUAUCAUCUCUGGUCCCCAGGGCCCAGCCCUGCUCCUCCGAUGCUGUGAACCGCAGUGAAUUUAUACCUCUGCGCCAGGCUCCGUGCGUGUGCAGUCACUGCCUCCUGUGGCCGAGCCCCGUGCACACCUGACUCCGAGGCAGCCGAGCCCUGCUGCUGGCCGCACCUUCCCAGCCCAUGGAGAGCACCGGCGUUGACCCGGUUUCCAGGUCGCAGCCUUGUCCCCAGUGUCCUCUCUGGCUUCCCUUACAAUGCCCUGUGCCAAAGCCAGAAAGAAGCACAAUUCCCACAAGUCUGUCCCUGGUCUCGUUCCCUCCUACCAGCAGCAGGCCACCCCGGUGGCUUGGAGGAGCCCUGAGCAGCCAGCUCACUUCCCUCGCCGGGCUUGGUCGCCACUCAGUAUUGUCAGCAUCCAUCGUGUGCUGAGAGGUCUCUCGUGGGAGGAGUGCUCCUCCUGGCUGCAUCUGUCAGUCGUCUGCCCCUGAGGCAGAGUCGCCGGUGGUGCCUGUCCUGUCCCGCUCCCGUGGGCCUCUGCAGAGGACGGGCGGUGGCUGGGCGUGACCAGAGCAUCUGCACACCUGUCCUUUAGAAAGGAAAAGCCAAGUUCUUCUUACCUUUGAAGACGGUUCCCGUUCUGUGCCCUUCCUUGUUCCUACCCGUGCUGAGAUGCGGGAAUGAGGGGGCGUCAGUCUUUCCUAAUUUAUCUGUAUUUUCCCUUGAAGUUCAGUUGUUGGAAAUCCGGGCCUCCCAGAGACGAGAGUCACAGGUUGGGGAGGGAAGGAGUAGUUCUGGAGCCUGCCUUUCUUGACGGAAUUCAGGUCCUCCUAUAUGGGGCCAAGGCCAAAAGAACAGUGAAGCACUUGCUUAGAAACUGUUCUCCAGGAACAGCUCUGAGAACCAUCCCCGGGGGAAAUGAACUUUCCCUUCAUCUCUGUCCAGAACAGUGGUUCUAGACCGUGGCUGUACCUUGGGGUCACCUGGAAAAUGAAACACGGGGCUCCCUGGGCCCACUCCUGGAACUUGGUAAUUCUGGGCACAGGGGCUUAAUUUUUUAAAUAGUUGUAGGUUCUCAGAAGAGUUCUGUACGCCCUUCACCCAGCCUUCCCAAAUGGUAACAUCUUACAUUACCUUGGUACAUACAUCUGAACUAGAAAUGUAACCUUUGUGCAAUACUCCUAACUGCAGACUUUAUUUGGGUCUUUCCAUUUUUUUCCCCCAGUAAUGUCCUUUUUCUGUUGCAGGAGCCAAUCUAAAAUACCAAGUUGCACUUCCAGCUGUUUUUUCCUAACUCUUUAGUUUGAAAUUAUGACAGAGUCAUAGGAAGUUGCAGGGCUAGAGGCCUCCGAGGCCAGUGUGUCUCGAUGGUUACGUCUUAUGCGGUGACAGUCCUGUGUCAGAGCCUGGACUUGGCCUGGCGGGUUGUGGUCAGGGAGUUCUGCGUUGGUCGGCACACAAGUAGUUCUAUAACUGCCACCACUGUCCCGUGUGACCUGUCUCAUCACCGUCACCGCAAGCCUUUUCCCCAGACUGUCCUGUCGGAGCCGCCCCAGCCCUAACCCUGCACCCACUAAUCUGUUCUUCAUCUCUGUUACUUUGUCAUUUCGAGAAAGUUGUAUAAAUGGAAUCACACGGUGUAAUCACAUUUGAGAUUGCCUUUCACUCUGUUCUCUGGAGCUCAUCCAGGUCGUUGUGUGUAACAGCGGUUCGUCCCUUUCUGUUGCCGGAAUACUCAUCAUCCCCUGGUUGUUUCCAGCGUGGGACUGUUCAAAAUAAAGCUGCUGUGAACGUCCACUGGA